AUGGGGUUUGGGCGUAGGUGGAUGAAGUGGAUGGAUGGAGGGGUGUUCUUUAGUUAUACAUCAGUAUUGGUGAAUGGGAGACCAACCAGAGAUUUUAAGGUGUUGAAAGGGUUGAGACAAGUAGAUCCUUUGUCUCUUCUUUUUUUUCAAAUUAUGGUUGAAGGACAUGCUGCAUUGUUCAUAAGGGAUGUAAGCUUGGAUAUUCUGAGAGGAUUCAAAAUCAAUGAUGAAGUAUCAUAUAGUUUGCUGCAACUUCUUGAUGACACGGUCCUUGUGUGUGAUGGGUCUUAUGUAGGGGUGGAAAAAUGGAUGGAUUGGAUGGAUAUGGAUUGGAUUAUUAAUGUAUGGAUCAAAGCAGUCCAUUAA